AUGUCCUCUGCGAGCCCGCGGAAGUCGAUCGACAGCUUAGCUUCAGGUGCAUCCACACCUUCGCUAUCUCAGUAUUCACUCAAUCAGCUCGAAUCCCCCCGCGUUCCGCCCCAGAGAUACCCCCUGAGACGAGGGUCAACUGCAAGCUCAAUCGUGAGCAUUGGAGGGAUUCUCGACUCCUCAAAUCGGCAUGGAUCAAUAGCAGAGUCAGGGCAGAAUGCCAUCUCUACCCUCCUUCAACCUCCGAUUGUCCGCACCGGUCUUGUACCCCAUACCGCUGUACCGUCUAGUGGAUAUAAGCCGCCAAGCUCCCGCGACAUCCCUCCGGUUACCCUGACAAAUAUCCCGCGUGUGGAUGCCAACGUAUUUGACCCGUACCUAUCGCAGGUUGGGUCCUUGUACGACGUGUUCCAACAGGCAAAAGAAAGUGCUGGUGAUCAGGAAUCGCAGCUGGCACGGGACGGAGGGAAGGCCUCGCCUAAGCCAGAUGAUAAUGAGUUCUUGUCGUCACAAUGGUCUGCGGAGCGGCGGCCCUCAACCCUAUCGGUCAAUUCCCGUGCGAGCUCGCCUUUCGAUACUCGCGGGCGGAGACGGUCGUCUGGUCGGGGUCGAGGACAUGCAGUGACGCCUCUUUCUACUAUCCCUCAGGUAUAUUUUGAUGACGACUUUCAUCUCGAGAACCCGCGGACAUUCGAUGUGGUAUCAGAGAAGUCUGAAGUUGUUACCCCGCCGAAGACACCGGGCAAGGACGGUAGAUUUGAAAACGGAGCCGUUGUCGGACCAUCACCAACGGGAAGAAAGGCACUUGCUACAAAUGCCAUAUUGCAAGAAAAGCUUUCCUGGUAUAUGGAUACGGUGGAAAUCCAUCUGAUUUCAUCAAUCUCAACGGCAUCCAAGUCAUUCUUCACUGCACUCGGCUCACUCCGUGAGCUGCAUUCGGAGGCUGCUGAUUCUGUAAAGCGGAUUCAAGUGCUGCGGAAAGACCUCCAGAAGAUUGACCGUGAAAUGGCCCUAGGUGGCUUGAAGAUCGUUAAUCUACGGCGUCGGAGGGAAAAUGUCCGGUUGCUAGCAGAUGCUAUAUCCCAACUGCGAGAACUUGAAGAGGUGGAGAGAUUGAUGGCCGGAGAAACUGUGUCUGGUAGCCCGGCGGGCGUAGAUCCGCAGGAGCAUCCGAGAAAAGCUAUCGAUUUGAGGAGGCUCAAAGCCCUUGAAGGUGCGUCAGACGACUUAUCCCAGUUAAGGACUGGAAUUGGCAUGGGAUAUGAGUCCCGCUUUUUGAAUGAUCUUCUUGGAGACUUGAGACAACAUGUGGAAAAUGUACCCUUGGAAGUGACGCUUCAGCGCUGGGGCUCUUCAUUUCAGCGACAGCGUGGAGUGCAACGCUCAGGCGUUACUGUUUCCCCGGCGUAUAUGACCUUCGAUGACCAGCUGAGAUCGAGACUGCACACGCAACUGACAGGCCUUGCACGGGCACACCAUACAACCGCAGCAGCGACUUCCUUCAAGACGGCAGUGUUACGAGAGAUGAAGAGUUUGAUUCGCAAACACAUGCCUAGCUCGAGCGAUGAUGAUAAUGAGUCAAUGGUGUCCGUGUCCACUCAUCGAUCCUCGCAGCUCAGUCAGCAAGAGAAGUCAUCGAUUCUUGCUCGGAACCUGCGUGCUUUAGACGCAGAAGAUGCGUACGCAAUGCUCGCCCGCGUAUAUACCGGCAUCAGUGAGUCCUUACGGAGGCUUAGUGUCCAGGUCAAGGUCCUUCUUGAUCUUGCUAGUGGAUUAGGGAAUAGCUCUGUUCUGAAAUCUCCAAGGAGUCCCCGUUCACCUAACAUGGAUAAUGCAGCCCUGUUAGCGGCAAGCUCGCAACCAGCGGCAACAAUGAUGGCUCAAGACGAAAUUUUACAAGUUCUAGACAUGUCUAGUCUCCUCGGUCAGGCGGUUGAUAUUGCCCAGUCGCAGGUGAACAAAGUCCUGAAAGUUCGGUCCGAGCAGACCUCUCAUUUGCCCAAGGAGGAAUUCUUGAAAUAUUUUACCCUCAACCGACUCUUUGCGGAUGAGUGCGAAGCAAUUUCGGGUAGAAGUGGCACUGCUCUGAAAACUCUUGUAGGCAAUCAGAUCCGUGAUUACAUCGCCAGAUUUGGCGAUAAACAGCGACAUCGUGUUGUUGAAGUCAUGGACGCGGACCGAUGGGAUGCAAGGGACUUCGGGGAGACAGAAAAUACGAUUCUGAGCCGGAUUCUCGAUGCUAGUACUAAGGACAUCGAGGCUUGGGUGGAUGCCUCGAAGAUUUGGCUGCCUCAAGAUAAAGCUGAAGGUAUUACGUCGGAAAGUACGACCAACGGAGCCGGAAAAGACAAGGUGCGGUCGGCGGUGAUUGAUGAGCAGAAGUACAUUCUCUCGCAGUCCGCGGUGGCCAUGAUGAGGAGCAUAGAAGAAUUCCAGUACCUUAUGGCCAACAUCCCCAGCAUGAUCCAGGAUAUUGCACCGGGUCUUUUGGAGUCGCUGAAGUUAUUCAAUUCUCGCUCCUCUCAACUGAUCCUUGGUGCCGGAGCCACACGUAGCGCCGGUCUGAAAAACAUCACUACGAAGCAUCUCGCGUUGUCCUCGCAGGCUUUGAGCUUCAUCAUCGCGCUAGUACCUUACAUCCGGGAAUUUGUCCGGCGCCACUCACCUUCUAGUCCAUUGAUGGGCGAGUUCGACAAGGUGAAGAGGCUGUACCAGGAGCACCAAUCCGGUAUCCACGAGAAGUUGGUUGACAUCAUGAGCGGGCGGUCUUCUGUGCACGUAAAUGCCAUGAAGAAGGUCGAUUGGGAUGCCUCAGGAUCUAGUACGGUUAAUCCGUACAUGGAGACCCUUGCAAAGGAGACCGGCACACUGCAUCGCGUUCUGAGCAAACAUCUACCAGAUAUGACCGUGUCAAUGAUCAUGGAUCCCGUGUUCAACAGCUAUCGGGAACAGUGGACCAAAGCAUUCGAUGAGGUGACCAUUCAUACCGAGCAAGGAAAGCAAAGGUUACAACGGGAUGCGGAGUACUUCCAAUCGAAGCUCAGCAAAAUAGACGGCUUUGGAGACUUAGGAGAGCGUCUUCUGGAGCUGGUGAAACGAAAGACCCCAACCGCCGAGGCCAAGGAGAACGGCUCGAAUGAAGUCAACACAAACAGCCCCUCCGAUACAAGCAACGGCAAGAAGAGUCCCCAAGCAUAAACCAUGGUGAUAGAGAUGUGAGGUUUACGGAUGUCUCGGCCUUGACGAACACAUUGUAUACAUUCUUCUCGCUAGGGUGUACCUGAGAUACCAUCAUGUUAAGGCCAAAGAAUUGUACAGCGAUUUAGCGGU